CCGGCGGUAAAUGGCGCUGGUGGCGGGAAAGUUGAGUCCCUGGUGCGCCGAGCCUUCGGGGCGAUGUGUAGUGACUUCCAUAAGGCGGAGUCUGGGACGGAGCUCCUUGCCCGGCUGGAAGGCAGACGGUCUUUGAAGGAAAUAGAGCCCCGUCUGUUUGCUGACGAAGACUCUGCGAUGCAUGGUGCUGUCCUUGAAUUCCACGGCCCGGAAGGAACAGGCAAGACGGAAAUGCUCUACCACAUAGCGGCACGGUGCAUCCUCCCACGGGCAGAAGGCGGGCUGCAGGUGGAAGUCCUGUUCAUCGACACAGAUUACCACUUCGACAUGCUGCGGCUGGUCACGGUCCUGGAGCACAGGCUGCCCCGCAGCUCGGAGGAGGCCGUGACGCGCUGCCUGGGCAGGCUGUUCCUGGCGCGCUGCAGCAGCAGCAGCCAGCUCCUGCUCACGCUCCACGCGCUGGAGGCGCUGUUCUGCCGCCGCCCCUCCCUCCGCCUCUUGAUCCUGGACAGCGUCUCGGCCUUCUACUGGGUAGACCGGGCCAGCGGAGGGGAGAGCGUGCACCUGCAGGAGUCCACUCUGAAGAAAUGCUCGCAGUUCCUGGAGAAACUUGUGAACGAGUAUCGCCUGGCCGUGUUCGCCACAACCCAGAGUCUAAUGCGCAAGAGCCCCAGCCCCACGGAAGGCCCGCCCCCCGCCUCGGGCCCCCCGGCCGCCGGUGGGGACUUCAGGCCCUACCUCUGCAAGGCCUGGCAGCAGCUGGUGAGGCACAGGGUGUUCUUCUCCAAAGACGACUCUCAGGCCAGCAACCAGUUUUCUUUAGUUUCGCGUCAUCUAAAAAGUAACCGUUUAAAAAAACUAUGUUUCAUUAUUGGAGAAAGUGGAGUUGAGUUUUGUUGAUAUGUAUCAAAAUAGUCUUGUAGGAUAUUAUCCAAGUUUUUAAGUCUUGAGAAGAAAAAAAUGAAAUAAAUAUUUUUAAAAGUCUUAAAUAGGCUGAAGUGAUCCAGUUCUGCAGUUGAGAACCGUAAGGGAGUGGGCUUCCCAGUCCCGACGUGGGUGGAGUUCCUAAACGGGCGCGGGCACCUCGGUGCUCUGUUCCAGGUCGCUGAAGGUUCCUCUGCGGGAUACUGACAGUAAACCAUACACUGAGUUUGUUUCAAGACUGAAGAAAUAGCAGACACAUUUCAGCCUAAGUAAGAUGUUUCUGGAAAAGCGAUGGGAACGCGUCUGCCCAUCUGCCUUCCACACCACGAACCGCGAACGACGGGAAGUCAGAGACCCUGAAUUCCAGGGCGCAGUUGCGUGGGGGGGCUCCUGCAGCUCAGGGAAGACUGUGAAGUGUUUUGAAAUGCUCGUCCCUCCUUGUCACGUGAUAGAAAAACGCUGACGCUGUGUUAGACCGCCUGUUGCUGUUCCCGUUUCUCCAGUCGCUUCCAGCUGGGAGCGGCCGGCUGUCCACGCCUGGUCCGUGGGGGCAGGGUGGGCAGCACGCGCCUCGGGGCACAGGAAGUGCUGAGCUGCAGUGGAGCAGGAGCGCUUGAGAACGUUCACAGACUCGGUCUAAGGAAAGAUGACGAGUCGGCAUUCGAUAGAUUGAUCUGCACUCACACAGUCUGUCUGUCCAGUUGUCUUACGUCGCAUACGUGCCUGAGCUCUCCUGUGGGAAGAGCAGAAAGAAAUGACAGUGUUUAGUUAAAACUUUUGACUCUAAUUUUGCUUAUCUAACAAAGAUCACACAGAGAAUCCUGCAAAGAAACUAAGACUGAAGCUCAUACCUCCCUUACACGGCACAGAAGUGGCACCGGCUGUCUGUGCCCAACGUGUACGCCGGGCCUCCUCUCACUCAC